AUGGUGGCCCGCGGGGCACGGACGGAGAGGGGGUCCGGCCCCCGGGGCGGCCCAGCUCAGCGCCGCCCGCGGGCUCCGGCGCGCAUCGGGGGCUGGGCCGGGCUGGGGCCGCGCUGCGCUGCGCUGCGCGUUUGCCUAUUGAUCUGCUCCGCGGCGGCGGCGGCGGCGGCGGCGAGGAGCCAGUCUCCAGCUGGGAUCAGCCCUGCCAGGCCAGGACAUCCGCGCCUCACGUCGGGACUCAGGGUCCUAGGCAGCCGAGCCCCGUCGUGGCGCUGGCUCCCCAACUCGACAGGGGCAGUGGAGCCCGGCUCCGGACUGAACUCGCGGCGCGCAAAGCGCUUCGGAGGCGCGGUGUCGACGCUGUGUCAACGCGGCGCAGGGUGUGGGGAGUGCACGGAGAGAGUGUCCAAAGCACACGCUUGGCGCGCACAGCAGCUCUUGCCUGACUCGCACCUGGAGCCGCGGCCCCAGGCCCGAAGUCCCCGGGCUGCAGGGCGGGCCGGCGAUCGCUCCGCUUCCCGCGGACGCCGCGGCGCACGCUCCCACCGCUCCCUCCCCCCUGCGCUCGGGUUACAGCAGCCGCGUGGACGCCCGAGUGCGUGGCCUCGUGUCUGCGCCAGGAGGGACUUCUCUCUGGCCAGGAAUCCGGAGCCCGAGAAGCCCAGGAGGCGCAGGCCGUCGGCCUCCAGAGACCCCGGGAUGGGCUGCCGCUCCCCCCAGCCACCAGAGUUUCGGGGCCCCGCUCUGGGUCCGGAGAAGCGUCGGGGAAACUGGGAGAAACUUUACCAACUUUGCUCUCCGCGAGGGAGAGGCCGCCCGAAUGGCCGGGUAGCGGCAGGCCGCGGCGCGCGGGGUGGGCCCCCAGCCAGGCCCGGGCACCCGGGAGCGGGCCGGGCCGCCCAAGGAGGGGUGAGAGGCCUGCCGGCUAGCUCCCGGCGCCCCCGCUCCUGUCCUGCGCCUCCCCCAGCUGGCCGCGCGCCUGGGUCUCCGAGCCGCCGGCGACGCGCAGCGCUGGGGAUGGACUGGAUGGAAAACCCUGGUCUCCAGAGCAAAACUGUCCCCUCCCCGGUGGAUGUGCCUUCCCGGAGGCGCCCCUUCUCAUCCAUCUUGGAGAAGAAUAUGUCGCCUUAUUGGAUGCGGAGGCCAGAGCCGGGUGAUGGGGCUCGGCCAGCCUAGCGCCUUUUCUUCAUGCAUAUUGAGGAGAUGGUAAUGAGCGCGUUUGCAUUGUUGCAUGGAAAUGCUGCGUUUCCUGCCUCAGUUCCGAUCCCGCGAGGGUGGCACGGGCCCAAAAGAGCCCCGCAGUGGGCAGCCGGCCUGGUGGCCGCAGCCGGCCCUCGACGGGUUCCCGGGUGCUGGGGCCCCGGGGGAGGAAGUGACCUGGCCGAGCCUGCCGGCCUCUCCUCCUUGGGUCCCUCCACGAGGGCCGGCCUCGCUCCUCUCCUUAAAGCCUCGGGUCGGGAACUCCCGGCUCGGCCUCGCUCACGACACUUCCUUCGCGCCCCCUCCCCACGGGCCUCUGGGUCCCCCCCUCCCCUGAUGUUUGGAGGUCUGUGAUGGAGCACCACCGGGAAAUUAGUGCCUGACAACGUCGUCUAACGGCAGUAAACUGCUACUCCGAGUGACACGUCGCGGGAUCAAACGCAGCCACACUGUGCACCGCGCUCUGCUCACUCCUGGCUAAUCUUGGAAGACGCAGGGCGCUCAGGCAGGGGAGCGCAGGCCCCUGCGUGUCGGGAGCCCGCUCCCGCCUGGGCUCAACGGGACGGAGCCGACCCGGAGGCCAGUCCCUCCCGGAGAAGAUGCGCAGAGCUCCAGAGACAGGACCCAGGCACGCCUCUCAAAGAGACGAAGGCUUGUGAAAGGCGGGAACUCCGAGGGUGCAAACAGCAGAGCUCAGAGCGAACCUACUGCUCCUUGCUGGAAAAUCGGAAGGACACGGAGCCGCAGCUCCAGACACGGCCGAGCAGGAACCUCUGGACAGUACACGUUCCCAGGGAUCCCCCGGUCCCUUCCAGCUCCAUACCAGGAAAGUUGAGGGCUCUUGGUUCAAAAUCAAAACCGCUGGGAUCUCGCCUUGUCUGGAAUUCUGUAGUGCCUGGCGUUUCCCAAACUUCAAGCCCUUGGCUACCACCUCUACUAUUAUUUGCUUAACAUUUUCCCUUAAAUCGACUCAUUUUAAAAACGUAGAUAUAUGUUUUUGGAAAGAAAACUUGAUACUACUACCUUAAAUUGAAAAGUAGCUAUUCCUCACCAUGAAAGGCAAUUGUGAAAGAUAAAAACAGCUCGAUCCACGCACUGUUGACACCUAUCAGCCGUGUGGCUUGCUUGGAGUGACUUCUAGAGGCCCAGGUGCGUGUGUAGCCUAGCCAGCGUUGGAAUUGUUAAAUACUGAAUCUUUCUCAGAAGAAAGGAGAGAAUCGAAAAGGGACUGUUUCUCGUUAUUCAAUGCUGUUAAUUAACUCUGUCUCCACACUACCUAAAAGCAUGUUGAGGACCCCAAAACCUGGCCUGGUUUAGGGUUUACCAAUGUCAUUCUCUGACAUUCAAUGACAAUGUCACUGUAUGAAAAAUAAGUAAAACAUUUAAAAUAAAAAUACCUGUUAUUAUUA